AUGAAGCUCACUGCGCUACUAGAUUACAGAACAAACACGGUCGAAGUGAAAUUAGAAAGAGAGUAAAUAAAACAAAACUUCGAAAAUAAGACAAUACUCAAAUAAUUGACUAGCGAAACAUGUCUUCCUCCAGUAUUGGACUUCAAACCUUCCAAUAUAAGAAUAUGGAUUCACAAUCGGGAUAUAGGGAAACUCCAACAAGUUUUAUGGGAAGGCCACGGAAACAAAUUACGUAUGGAAACCAGCAACAAUUCACGAGUAAAAAGAUUUUUAGAGGCUGUACCGUUCAUAAUGAGUACAGCAAAAGAUGUUCACGCAGCUACAGUGAACAACGACUUAGAGGGACUUCGAAAGAAAAUCGAAGCCACAUCACCCAUCAUUCUCUGCGCCAAAGAUAGCAAUGGUCUAAAUGUCUUGCACAAGGCUGCUGGUUUGGGUCACACGGAAAUCGCACGAGAGAUUCUUGCAAAAUAUCCUGCUGUCGUGGAGGCACAAGACAACGAAGGGAAGACGCCGUUGCAUUAUGCAGCUGCAGCAAAGGACGAUGGAACUUUAUAUAAUUUGAUAACGGAAUACGGGGCCGAUGAAAGCAAACUGGAUCACAAACAAAAAGCGCCGGCAUUUUACAAAAAUCGACCGUCAGACGUAGACCAGUCACUGUUAACUGUGAUACCGGAAGCGCCUCGAGUUGCCGGAACAUCGUACCCCAAACACUGGGACUGGAGGAUUCUAGAAGCGGAGGACGCUAUAUCCAGAGGAAUGAAAAAGGUCAGCAGUGCGGAUAUCGACAGUGCGUUUGGCAGUGCGGAAUCGACAACGAAGCAUUUCAGUAGAUCUAUGGAACAG